CAGGGUUUGCGUGCUCUUCUGUCCACAAAGCUCUUGGCUCCCAACAUCCUCCUGUACUGCACCAGCUCAGCUCUCUCCCUUGUGGGGAGUCGGAGGGGGUGUUUCCCCACAGGCUCAGUCAAUCACCCCAGGGCCGGCCUCCCAAACCGAGCAGUUCCUCCUGGCUAGACGACGGAGGUCUGUUCUUGAUGGAGGUCUGUUCUUUUGGUGUGGAUGCCGCCCUGAGAAUGCUCCAAGUAAGCAAGUAAUGGAGCUCAAAUUCUACCUCUGGCAUCUCUAAAGAAGAAAAUGCAGCUUCGGGCUUAAUAACUGUGUUUGUUCAUUGCUGCUGGAGGAAGAUGUUGGCCUGACCCAGGAAACUGAAGUUGUUGAAUAUCAACGAGUCACGGAGAAGAGCAAUUACGUUUAUUGAGAAGCACACACUUGGAUUGUGGAGUGACUGUGUUAAUUAGAAACUGAGGUAGCCAUUUUACUGCUCAGAACACCUGCUGAGCCAGUUGUCCAGGGACUGUGAAUUAUUUGGGCAGUUGUCCAGUUGAAAGAGAAUAGGAGCUUUAUAACAAUUUUACGAAGCUUGUUCUGAGAUUGUCAGUACUUAAUUUUCAAAGUAUUACUGAUUCUUAUUUUUUUGAAUCGAGUCAUGGAAGAGGCCGAGGUAUCUGAAUGAAAUAGUAGCCAAAAUAGAAAACUUCUGAGAUGCUACCCCUGGGGUAGGUUAUCUUAAUUUUAUUGUGGUAUAAAUGAAACAGCAGGUGUUCUCACCUAUAAGGUUUGUAGUUUGCCAAUAUAUUCAUUACCAGAGUUUUCGAUUCCCAUGAAGUUAGUGGGGUUUUUGUUAAGCUUUUUCUCAGCAAAAAAAUUCCAUUUAAAAAUUUUGUAACAAGAAAUAGACUCUCAAUGUAAUAAAGAUUAGUGCUUCUUGAAUGAUAGAAAUCAUUUUUGCCAUGUCAGAAGAUACUUUUUUGGAAGAAGACAUCUGGGAAUACAAAUCCAAAAGGAAAGUAAAACGAAUACAUCCAAAUAAUUGCUCUGAGAAUAUUCCAAAACCUGUUGGAAAAGCAACAGAUGGAAAGAAACAGUCCAAACGAAACAGAAAUAAAAGAACUGUGGAAGCAAAAGAGAAGAUAAAGGACCCUGAAAUGUGCCUUGGAGCAUCAGAUAAUCAGACUUCUGUAGCUUCUAGUCAGAAUUCUAGUUGUGGAGAUGGUAUCCAGCCGUCCCAAGGCAAGGAGACCACUCCAAGAAAGCAGAGUAGGACUCCCAAAAACAAACAAGUGUCUCCGAAGAUACGCACAGUUUAUGAUGGCUACUGUCCAAAUUGCCAGAUGCCUUUUUCCUCAUUGCUAGGUCAAACACCUCGAUGGCAUGUUUUUGAGUGUUUGGAUUCUCCAUCAGUCUCUGAAACAGAGUGUCCUGAUGGUCUUCUGUGUACCUCAACAAUUCCUUCUCAUUACAAGAGAUAUACUCACCUCCUGCUAGCUCAAAGCAGGGCGAGUAAUGGUCCUUUCAGCAGUCCAUCACCUGGGUCAGCUGGUAGUUUCAGUGAGACUAAUUCAAGCUUUCUUUGUAGUCUUGAGGAAGGAUGUUAUCCAAAUCAGAAACAAACUGAGAACUUACAAAAUGUAUCAGCUGAUCACUUCUUGGUGACACAGUGUCUAAGAAAAUCUCAGUUUCCAGCUGAAACAAAUAAAAAUAUUUCCUUUUCAACAAAUAUCCAAACGUCCCAACAAGCUCUACAAUUUGCACAAUGUGUUAAUGACAAACUGGUAGGAAUUGGUUUGCCUCUUGCUGAAGAAUUAGACAGCCAAAACAACUCAGAACACGUAAAUUUACCAUUGCCAAAAAAUGACUUUAGUGACUGUGAAAUCUCCUAUUCUCCACUUCAAAGUGACGAAGAAAUGUACAAUAUAGAUGAGAAGCUGGAUGAUUCACAAUGGGAACUACUUUUUACAGAAAGCUCUAGAGAUGGCAGCCUCGAAGAUGACAACAGCUGUACUUUGUUUAAAAAAAUCCAUAGUCCCUUAUUGAUACACCAGGAGAGUAGUCCCAAAGUGAAUAGCUUCUUAACUCAAGAUAAAUACAAUGAAGAAUUGUAUAAAUACAAAACUCUAAAUGUUUCGUCUCAACUUAUUUUCCAAAAUGAGAAUAUUAUUUUAUAUCAUGAUCCAGCAUAUACUGAUGGUGACUUUCUGUUGUUUCCUCCUGCAUUAGCCGGGGGGUUUACUUCUUCUAGUUAUCAGGCUACUAAAGUAAAACCUGAUGAGCCAGAAUUUCCCUCAUCUCAAUCAAAUAAACAGAAACAAGUAAUUGAGGAAUCAGCUGUUUACAAUCAAAUUUCUGUUCCGUUACUUAAGAGUGCAAUGUCAAAACCUUUUGAAAGCCAGGGAGGAGGGUGUUUUUCUUUCCAUCCAACCCAGAAUAAAAUUAGAGAAUUUUCAAGUAAAAACUUCAGUGCUGAGAACAGUACUAACUCAGCAUGUUUCUGCAGAAAGGCGUCAGAUGAUAUGGUAGACAGUAAAGUAGCAGUUUUAAAUACAGAGAAAUUUUCUAGUAUACCUACUGCUGCUAAGUCUUCAAAAACAUUGCCAUCUGGCCCUAAGUGUAAUGCAAUACACCCUUCUACCAAGACAAUGAAACAAAUGGAUAUAGGUGUGUAUUUUGGUCUACCGCCCAAAAUAAAAGAAGAGAAAUUAAUAGGGGAAAGUGCAUUGGAAGGGAUCAACUUAAGUCCUAAUGAAAAGAGGUCUCAGCGGUGCAAGAGGAAAGCAGAAAAAUCUUUAAGUGAUUUAGAAUUUGAUGCAAAGAAUGUAAAUGAGAACUGGCAGUCUGUGGAAUUUUCUAGUAAGAGGUCACAGCAUCAAAGAAAGAGACUUAAAAAGUCUGAUUCACUACAUGAAGGAUCACUUCAGAAGAGGUCAGAUCACCUUAUUAACAAGACAGAAGCUGAAACAGUCAAUUCAAGUAAAGAGAAAGUCUUCAUAAAAUCAGCUUGUGGCCGGCUACAGAGAGGCAACACGAAAAUCCCAGAGUCAUCUAAUGCAGAAUUAAGAAAAAGGACAUGUCCAUUCUAUAAAAAAAUACCUGGAACUGGAUUUACUGUUGAUGCUUUUCAGUAUGGAUUAGUUGAAGGUUGUACAGCCUAUUUUCUCACACAUUUUCAUUCUGAUCAUUAUGCUGGAUUGUCUAAAAACUUCACAUUUCCAAUUUAUUGUAGUGAGAUAACUGGCAAUUUGUUGAAGAGGAAACUUCAUGUGCAAGAACAAUAUAUCCAUCCAUUGCCAAUAGACACUGAAUGUAUGGUGAAUGGUGUCAAAAUUGUUUUGCUUGAUGCCAAUCACUGUCCAGGUGCUGUCAUGAUCCUUUUUUAUCUUCCUAAUGGUAAUGUCAUAUUACACACUGGAGACUUCCGAGCAGACCCCACCAUGGAACGUUCUCUUCUUGCUGGCCAGAAAAUCCACACGCUUUACCUAGAUACCACAUACUGCAGCCCAGAAUACUCCUUUCCGUCUCAGCAAGAGGUUAUCCAGUUUGCCAUCAACACUGCCUUUGAGGCUGUAACUCUAAACCCACGAACUCUUGUUGUCUGUGGCACUUACUCUAUUGGAAAAGAGAAAGUCUUCCUAGCCAUUGCUGAUGUUUUAGGUUCAAAAGUGGGCAUGUCUCAAGAAAAAUAUAAAACAUUACAGUGCCUCAAUAUACCAGAAAUUAAUUCCCUCAUCACUGUAGACAUGUGCGAUUCACUGGUUCACCUUCUUCCAAUGAUGCAAAUUAAUUUUAAGGAUUUACAGAGUCAUUUGAAGAAGUGCGAUGGGAGAUAUGAUCAGAUUUUGGCUUUUCGACCUACAGGAUGGACACACUCUAAUAAGUUAACAAGUAUAGCAGAUGUUAUUCCCAAGACCAAAGGAAACAUUUCAAUAUACGGAAUUCCUUAUAGUGAACACAGCAGCUACCUAGAAAUGAAACGUUUUGUUCAGUGGCUGAAGCCCCAGAAAAUCAUACCCACCGUGAAUGUUGGCACCUGGAAAUCUAGGAGCACGAUGGAGAAAUAUUUUAAAGAAUGGAAAUUGGAAGCUGGAUAUUAAUGUUACCUCGAAGGACUCCGUAGUAAUUAAGUAACUUAGGUGUAGCUUGUUAGUUAAAUCUUUAGUGAUACAGAAUACACUUUAUGUUGAAAAACCUCAUGAAGGUCGCUCAUAUAGCUUAUUUUCUUAUCUACGUUGGAAAUAAAAUGUUCAAGGUGCUGCGUGCCUCUCAGCAUCAUCGGUGAUAACUGGGACUGGUCUCCCUACGACCUUUGAUGCUUGUCCCUCCAGUUAUAUUCUGCAUCCAACCUUCAGAGGGGAAAUAAAGGCAGGUUUUGGGGCCAAAAUGAUUCAUGAUCAUGGAUAAUUAGAUUAAAAGCAUUAUGUAUAAGUAAUUAUGUGUCUUUAAAAUCAUUUAACAUGGAGCAUAUUUUUAUGAGAUAAAACUUUUAUAUGAUAUAUAUACUUAAAUUAAAAAAUAAAUUUGCUGUAUAAUGUCUUGGUUUUUGGUAUUUAUACCUGUGCCUUUCAUGCAAUUUUAUAAAAUUUCAAUGAAAAUAAUCUAUUAUUUUACUCUGAAGUGACUCAAAGAGUCUAGAUAAUUACUCAAUAAAGGACAGAGGAAAGUUUGCAUGAAUGAUAUUUAUCUGAACUAUUUAUUCCAGAUAACAGAUAACUGAAAGUUUAGAUUGUAGUGUUUUUUUAAAAAGUGAGUUUAGAUUAUUUAUUUAUGAUCUUGAUCUCUCCAACACAGAUUAAAUAGCUGAUCCAAAAAUGAAAAUUUUAUGCAAUGCAUAUUAAAAAUAUUUUUAUGAAGUUUAAAUAAGAAAAUGGGCUAGCAUAAAGAAUAUAUUCAUUAGUUUAUAUGAGUGGUUUUGCAUUACGUCUGGCAAUAAAAUUGACUUGGGGAUUUCUUAAUAAACAUUUUCAUGGAAAAUUA